AUGUCCUUCCAGAACAUCGUCCGCCUCUCCCUGGACAACCCUACCCAUGCCGUGUGUGUGCUGGGCUCGGAAAUCUACGUGGAUCUCAGUGGGUGCGCCCCGCAGCUGUGCGAGUGCUUCACCAUCCGCGGCUCCGGGAGGGUCCUGAUCGACAUCGCCGACACGAUGAUCACUGACAAGGAGGACGCCACCAUCUGGUGGCCCCUGACUGAGCCCACGUACGCGAUCGUGAAGAUGACAUCACCGAGCUUCAUGGUGGAUGGGGACAAGGUCUUGGUCACGUACUAUGGUACCAAUGAGGAGAUGUCCCUGGGCACCGCUGUGCUGUUCCUCACUGGCAUUGAGGUCUCCCUGGAGGUGGACAUCUACCGCACCGGGCAAGUCGGGUUGCCGAGUGACAAGAAGGCAAAGAAAAAAUGGACCUGGGGUCCCAACGGCUGGGGUGCCAUCCUGCUCGUGAACUGCAGUCCUGCUGACGCGGGCCAGCUCGAGGACAGGGACAAGGAGACGAAGAAGGUGCUUCUCUCUGAGGAAAUAAAGAAUCUGUCCCAGAUGACACUGAAUGUCCAAGGCCCCAGCUACACCUUAAAGAAAUACCAGCUGGUCCUGCACACCUCCGAGGAAGAGUCAAAGAAGGCGAGAGUCUACUGGCCCCAAAAAGACAGCUCUCAUACCUUCGAGCUGGUGCUGGGGCCCGGCCAGCACACCUAUACCUUGGCCCUCCUGGGGAACCACUUGAAGGAGACCCUCUACGUGGAAGCCAUGGAGUUCCCAUCCGCCAGCUUCUCGGGCCUGAUCUCCUACUCUGCCUCCCUGGUGGAAGAGUCUCAGGACCCGUCGAUCCCGGAGAUCCCGGUGUACAAAGACACGGUGGUGUUCCGCGUGGCUCCAUGCAUCUUCCUUCCCAGCACCCAGAUGCCGCUGGAGGUUUACCUGUGCAGAGAGCUGCAGCUCCAGGGUUUUGUGAACACGGUGACGGAGCUGAGCGAGAAGAAUAACUUCCAGGUGGCAUCUGUCUAUGAGGACCCCAACCGCCUGGGCAGGUGGCUCCAGGAUGAGAUGGCCUUCUGCUACACCCAGGCGCCCCACAAGACGGUGUCCUUUGUCCUCGAUACCCCUCGGGCCAUCUCACUUGACGAGAUCUCCAUGAAGUACUCACUGAGCCCUGGUGUCGGCUACAUGAUCCAGUACACCAAGGACCACAGAGUGGCCAGCAUGGAUUCCAUUGGGAACCUGAUGGUAUCCCCGCCUGUCAAGGUCCAGGGGAAGGAAUACCCCCUGGGCAGGGUCCUCAUCGGCAGCAGCUUCUACCCCAGCGCAGAGGGCCGGGACAUGAGCGACACCCUCCGAGACUUCCUCUAUGCCCAGCAGGUCCAGGCCCCAGUGGAGCUCUACUCAGACUGGCUAAUGUCGGGCCACAUGGAUGAGUUCAUGUGCUUCGUCCCCAUAGACGACAAGAGUGACGGCAAAAAGGUCUGUGGAAGGGAAGCCAAGACCAUCGAUCAAUUUCUCGCUGAUGAAAACCUGAGAAAGCAGAAUGAAUAUGCGGAGAAGUGCAUUCUUCUGAACCGCGACAUCCUGAAGACGGAGCUGGGCCUGGUGGAGAAGGACAUCAUCGACAUACCCCAGCUCUUCUGCUUGGCGCGGCUGACCAACGUCCCCUCCGACCAGCAGCCCCAGAGGCCAUUUGCGAGGCCGUACUUCCCUGACCUGCUGCAGAUGAUUGUGAUGGGCAAGACCCUGGGGAUCCCCAAGCCGUUUGGGCCCCAAAUCAAGGGAACCUGCUGCCUGGAAGAAAAGGUCUGCCACCUGCUGGAGCCCCUGGGCUUCAAGUGCACUUUCAUCGACGACUUUGACUGCUACCUGACCGACGUCGGAGACCUGUGCGCCUGCGCCAACAUCCACCGGGUGCCCUUCGCCUUCAAGUGGUGGAAGAUGGUGCCUUAG